UCCCUUUUUCCUCACUUUUCUCUCCCCUCCCCCCCUCCAUUAUUAUUCCACUCUCUUCCUUUCUCUUCUCUUCUCUCUCUCUCACACACACAAAAAAAAAAAUACUAGUAGUAAUUGUUGUGUUUGAAAGAAACUAACUUUGUUAAAUUCAUAUAGUGUUUGUGUUUUUGUUUAAGUGAGUGAUGUGUAACAAAAAUAGUACUACUACUCUUUCUACAAUAAAAACAAGAUCAGUUACUAUGAAGAAAAAAAAGAAACAAAUUCAUACAAAUUCAUCUUCUGUUUCUCCAUCUUCAUCUUCUUCUUCAUCUUCUCUUAAACCAAACAAAAGAAAAAACAGAACAAAAAGAAAAAAACCAAAAUAUCUUAGUCUCAGAUUACAGCUUUCACAACAACAAACACAAAAAAGUGAAAAAAACCAAAAACCAAAAAAAACCAACAAAAAAACCCAACACCAACAAAAGCAACAACCUCAAUUGAAUCAUCAUGUUUUCAAUGAUGAUCUACAAACAGAGCAAGACAUGCAAGAAGAAAACAACGUGGCUUUACUUUUCACAUCUGACGGUGGAGCAACAUUAAAUGGACUACUAGAAGACGAAUCAACGACAUUAACGGCGGUGACAACAACGGAGGAAGAGGAAGAGUCUUUAUCAGUGAUGAGGUGUCCAGAGAUGGAAGGGUUAGUGAAGAAAGCUAUGAGGAAGAGAAAUGAUGAAGAAGAGAGUGAAGAAAGAUGGGUUAGUUAUUCAGAAGUUGUUGAAGAGACGAAGAAGGAAAUGAUGGAAGAAGUGAAUAGUUGUAUUGGGAUUGAAACGAUGUCGUUUUUGGGGUCUUUGUCUUUGAAAUUGGAUCAUGAUGGUAUAUUGAAUGCUUGGUCUGAUAAAGGUUCUCUUUAUGUUGUUGAUGCUGCUGCUGAUGAUGCCCCACAGACUGUUCCUGAUUUGUUCAAUGCUUCCUCCAUCCUUCCCAAUGCAAUGUGGGAUGGUUAUGGGUGUGAUGUUAAUGGGAACACAUGGAAAGUUCCUGAUGGGGUUGGAGCUAGCAAUAACAAUAUGAAGGUGAAGGAAGAAAUGGGUUGGAAGCUUGGUCAAAGAGAGGCAAGUUUGUUGAGAUACAAAGAAAAGAGGCAAAGUAGACUCUUCGCUAAGAGGAUCCGUUAUGAAGUUCGCAAGUUGAAUGCUGAAAAACGGCCUAGAAUGAAGGGACGAUUUGUGAAGAGGGAAUGAAAAAGUGUAGAGCGCAAUGGACUGUUGUUUACGACGUUUAUAAUGUUGGAGGGACUGGAGUUAGAACCCUGAACCCGGAUCAUACCUCCAACUUCAACACAUUGGGAAACUCAUGUAGGUAGUGAGUUGUGUGACAAUAUUAGACACUGGAAAACAAAAAGUGUAAUUAAAAUAAUUUAAAUGAAUGAAACAUUCUUUAUCCUCUUGUUCUAUUCUAAUAUUGUAAAUAAAAUUAGUUUUAA